AAAAAAUAAAUAAUUUAUUUGACAUUAGGUACCGAAAAGAUCAUAAAAUUAAUUUACUAAAAUUAGAGAUUUUCUUCAGUUUUUACACAACAAUUGAAAUUCCAGUGCUGAAAACUACAUCAGUGAAAAUUCACCACAACAAUGUCUGCGACUCUGCGCACGCCGCGCCGCCGCUUCUCCCCUCGCGCCAAGAGACGCUACUACCACAUCAAAAACUUUCUCAAAAAAACUUUAGAUAUUUGUGUUUUAGGUAAUUCUUCUCAAGAGGAUAGCAGUAGAGACAAACAGAGCCUUUACCUCGAUGACAAACAAUGUCAGGACCUACCGUGUUUGCGCGACAAGUCAUCUGAAGAAGUGAUCUACGAGGGAUCUCGAGAGUCAAAGAAAAGAAAGCCGAAGUCAGAGUAUGAGCGGGAACACGAGUCAGGCGGCUCCGCCCGCUACCACUCCGAAUGCUACGAAGGAGACGCUACUCGAUAUCUACACAAGAACACAAAAUUCAAAUCGGAGAGUUAUAGCAUUCCUUACAAGGAAAAGAAAAAAAGGAGAAGUAAACAUACGACGCGAUACGACCCGUAUGACGAUGAGCACCCGCUUUACGCGGCCGAGGCCUCGCCGCAUCUGUCCAGCAGCCACCACGCCGCCACUCACAGGAAGACCCACCUGCAUCUCACUACAUCCGGAUACAGCGACCUCAGAUACGAGAAGGAGUAUAAGAGACACCGAGACUUGGACGAGCGGCAGUCAAAGGAUAAGAAAUCAAAAAAGAAACAUGAUAAACACAAAAUUGAAUAUGAAAGAUACGAAGAGGAACCGAGACGACAUCGAAAAGGGAGUUCUAUUCUAGAUCAUGAUUUCAUAGAUGACAUAAUAAAGAGGCAAUAUCAACAUGUUACCAUGUUCAACUCACAGGGUACUGUAAUGAGUCAGAUUUCAGCGCCAGUGUGUCGGGAUCGAGAUCUCGCUCUACAGGAGAGUAUACUUGAGGCUCAUGACCUGUGCUCGUGCAUGUUCGACCGAGAGUCUCCCCGCGGAGACCGGCGGAGCAUCUGCGACACGCGCCUCUACAGCACACACAAGAAGAAACAUCGGUCUAAGCAUUGCCGUAAAGAUAAGAAACACGAAGACAAAUACAACGAUAUGUCGCUUGACUUAGUUCCUGUUAAAGAAAAGUCCAGUCCGAAGACUCGGAGGAAAAUAGACAUGGACUCUACAGCAGAGGUUCCUCCUUCGCCGAGGACGAACCGACCGCGGCUGAACCUGCAGGCUCACUACCGCGACGACGACGACAAUGACGUCACUCCCAGCGACUCUCCCAGGACGGAACAAUGUAGGCGCGACCAGUUCUUGGCCGAUCAAUACGAACACAACCUAAGAGAAAUGGAACUAAGGAAAAGUUAUAAAUCUCCUGAAAGAUAUCAAAACGAGUAUCUCCCGACCCAUGAUUUGCAUUCAUUCGUUGAUCAGAGCCAAAACGUGCAAAUAGAGCAAAUGGAUACUCAGGCGAAUUUUGUGACUCCACGGGAUCCAAAUGACCACACAGGUGAAGCUUUAACAGAGAUUAAAGAUAUACUGCAGACUUUCUUGAACGAAAUAAAAAAGGAUGCUCAGGCGUAUUUGGCAGAGACUCAAUCUCCAGAGGUUAUAAGAAAAGAUCACAAUCUUGAAGUUAACACUGAGCCGCCAAAAGUGAUUGAAACUGUUCAAGUACAAGUGCCGAGUCCUCCAGUCACGGCCGCGCCCGCUCCCUUCCAAGCGGUGUCAUCACAAGGUCCAUCCACAAGCUUCCAGCAGUUUGCAUUCAGCAAGAACAGUCCCUACCAGGUGGCACCACCGUUCAGCCCGGCCUGCUUCCCCAUGAUGUGCCCGCCGGCGCCCUACCUGAUGCCUGGCUCCGGCUACACUUUCCCUUGCGUCACCAGCCUGCACCGCACGCAGAGCCGCCUAGACAACAAAACUGAACGAGCCUCCGAUAGCUCCAAAGAAAAGAUCGAAACCACCAACACUGAUGAGCUAUUGAAACAGAUAUACAAAAUAGUUGCACAGAAUCCAAAAGGAACAGAGGCACAAAAGGAAUCGAGAGCCGUUGAAGAACAAAAGGAAAGUACAUCGGAUUCGGAAAGUAAUGGUAACGCGGUUUCUGUAAAUGGUGCAAAAGAAGAUAAAAAAAGUUUGCAAGAAAUAUUUAAUCACGGUCCGGACGGAAGCUUCGAGUCUCAGCAAGAGAGGUUCAGUGCGGCCGCCACGCGCACUGAUUCUAACCUGUUCGACGAUUCAUACAAAAUGAAAAAGAGAAAAUCCGGAAUAUUCGGGAAAAUCAUCCAGUCUAUCGGAGUGUUUGGACUCGGGUUGUUUAAGAGCAGGAGCAAUAUUGAGGAACGCAGUGAUCACGGCAGACACCAGCAACGUCACCACAAAGAGCGCAGCCGGAGUCCGUGGGCCGCGCGGCGCGACGCCAUCAAGCGGGAGUUCCAGGAACUGCGGAGACAGAAGGGGUCCCGGUCACCGAGCCCGCGGCCUCCGCCACCCCGCACCCCGUGGGAUUACAACACACACCCGGCCCCGCCGCCCAUACACCCGCCACCGCACCCGCAACCACACCCGCAACCGCACCCGCAACACACUGGCUACGAGUAUCCGCCCCCAGUUCACUACCCUGUCCCGUCACCUGAUCAACCUCCACCGUCCAUGUAUCCCCCUCCACCGCCCAUGAUGUACGAGCCGCAGCAGUCACCCACAGCUCCACCAUACUUCAACAUGCAGCAACAGUACCACAUGCAGCAGCAGCAGAUGCCAUUCUGCCUGAAGGAGGUCGAGGUGAAGAGCAUCGGCACGCAGAGCCAGGUCAAGUUGAAUAUAUUCAAAAAGUUCAAAAAUAAGAAAGCAAAGUCUCCCAGAGCGAAGUGGAUGCCGGACAACGACGUGGAGCCGCCACAGUACAACAAGCAGUUUAUGAAGAUGCAGCAAGCGAUGCAAAUGCAGAAGAAGCAGAUGCAAAUGCAGAAACAAAUGCAGAUGCACCAGAAAAUGCAGAUGAGGUCUGAGGAGUCUACUCCUCGGGAGAAGAGUAAAAAGCCGUUUAAUUUCCUAGAAAACGAGUUUUUGAAGACUCGCGAAAAGGUUGCGAGGGAUUCAGAGAUUCAAGGGGACUUCGUGAAGACUCUCUUCGGCAAGCCCCUGGCCCGCGGCGCCAAUAAGGGCCCCAGCUGGCUCAAGUCCAUAUUCGAAAAACCCAACUUUGACUGCACCAAGCCGGGAAUUAAGUUUUAAAGUGUCCAGCGUAGUAGUGUAACAAAGUAAUAUGUCCAAUGUCGUUAAAUUAUAGUGUGUAUUGUUGAGUGCUGUUUCGUUAUUAUAAUUCUAUUUUCACUGAAA